AUGACCUACCCUCAGAUGGAGGCAGCCAUUACUUUGCACUUGGGCGAUCGAUACAAUGCUGACGAUUGGAAAGAAGCUUGUGAUGUGUUGUUCUCCGGUGAUGGUAAUGACAGCCUCACCUUAGCAAAUCUUCUUGCCUUGAAGGCCAGACAUGUGCCCCAGUGCGCCUCCGGUCCAUUGACAAUCGUGACUCGGCGCAAAGAUUUUGCCACAUCCAUGUCUGCCCCAAAGGCGGCCAGUCGCUUGAAAAAUGCACGUGUCCGAAGAUUAAAAAAUCCCUUUAUCAAUGAUGAAGCAUCUGAUAAUGAGGAAGAGGAGGAGGAGGAGGAGGAGGAAGAAGAAGAGGAAAACUUCCAGUUGGAGGGCGAUGAUGGCUCUUCUAUGGGGUUGUUAAAUGUUGCACGCUUGCCAGCAACUUUAUCGGCCAAGGAUAAGUUAUCUGUAGCGAUCGAUCACAUCUUUGACAGGUACGAAGGGAAUGCGCCAAACACGUAUCCUAGAGCAGCCUUGUCCUCUGGUGCAGUCCAAAGCAGGAUGUACCUUCUCCAUGUUCACAGAUCUGCCACGCAACAUGUCGCUGAACAUCUCAGGAGCAAGGGAUUUGCGGUUACCAUAUCACCUUGGAUACCAAGCCAGAUUUAUGCUAUCUCAGAUAGCCCUAGAACGAUUGCGAUGUCGCUUGAUCUACUCUCUUCCUCCGUGAAAGAUUAUAUUUGCAUUUUGGAAGAAGAACAAGCAGUGGUCGGGCGUUCACGCUUCACACUCCCCAACCCAGGGUGGGUGAAAAUUACUCAGGGAGAGUAUAAAGGCGACAUCGGUUAUGUCUUCGAUUCUAAACAAUCGAAUGAAUUUGUUACAGUAUUAAUUCCCCCACACGACUUUCCCUAUGACAUGCCUAAGAGAUCUGUGGCGCUUCUCAACCGAGCUUGGUUGCCAAAUAACAAGACAGUGUCCGACAUCCUUCAGGACGAUAGAGUUGUAGGAUGGUCCUACAAAGGAGAGCGGUACUACAUGGGGCUUUUAUCAAAAAACUUUUGCCAUGACAGCCUGGAGCUAGUUACCUCCCCUCAUGCUAACGAUAUUCGACUACAUCUGCAAUCCGGGUGGGAUGUACCUUUCUUCAAGAAAACUCUGGCGGCCUUUUCACUGCAAUUCUUGCGUGUCGGAGAUUCGGCCAGGCCCAUCACAGGAGAAAUCCGUUCAGAAAUGGGUACGGUCGUCUCGACAGACCAUGCGUCUGGCUCUGCACGCUUAGAGUUCACCCUUGAUGGACAUCGACAAGAAGUGGAAUUCCAACUCCAGGACAUCGAACGUGUCUUUUGGGUUGGCAACAUGGUUCAAGUUGUAGCGGGCACUUACACAGGUUUAGAAGGGUACAUCAUUAAAAAGUCUGAGGACUUGUUUCAUGUGUGUCAAGAGGCCACCAAUGAAGAGGUGGAAGUAUCUAAAUACUACUUAGAUUGUCGCCCUCUAAAUCACGUGCUUCAAUCCCGGCUGCCAACACAGCCAGAUUUCGACCCUCUCCCCGAGCUCAAAUCUCUUCAAAUCGGCGACGACAUAGAAGUGUGUGUGGGAGAGUACAUGGGACGACGCAGGAUUGUGAUGUGGUUUCAUAUGGGAGAAAAUACGCUGUGGUUUCGGGCUGGGGGCGUCAUCCAGGACCAGCUCAUUAACGUCCCUGCGGCAUUCAUACAGCGCAUCCGCCCCUUCAAGACUCUCCAGUUUACUAAGGAAAGGGGUUAUGAUGUUAGGCCUGGAGAUGUUGUGAUUGUCACCCGUGGGCCAGAGUUCCAGACAAAAGGGGUCAUGCAAACCAUGGACUUUCCAAAUGCGCACCUGACCCUGAUAUCUGAGGGUGAUUGCGCACUCGUGGACGUUCCUAUUGGAUUUGUCAUGAAAGUAUCCGAUUUGAACCUGGAUUUGUUUUGCGAUGUCAUCGGAAAAGAAGAGACUUGCUCCAUUGCUGUGCAUGGGCAAGCGCGCACCACAGUCAAACAUGAGGACAUUGCUACUAGGUACAGCAUGAGGUUAAAUGGGUCAAUACUAGAAGGACCAGACAUGAUCUCCUUCUGCGACAUGCAGAGGAGAUCGUACCUAACGCCCCAAUGUCGAAGCAAGACCCCACCACCUGACCCCGUAGUCCCAUCCAGUUCCAGUAUGGAUCCCAGCUCCAGUGAGUGGUCUGCAUACGACCCCUGGGUUACUAACAAUGCAGAGGAUAUCGAGGAUGCCAUUGCAGACAGAAAGGAGAAGCAGCAAAACGACAGCCCCUUACCUUGGUUGAUCAACAAGGAGUUUGCAUUGAAGUUGACUCAAUAUCACGUGGUACUAAAAGUAUCACCAAAUUUCAUGGGAGGCAGGCUGCAUAAUCGCUUUGUAUCCACAGCUUGUCCCGACCCGUUCUGCAGUGACAAUGGACCCGCACCUGAUGGCUGCGUCGUGGUGUUUUGCACAUCCAACGGUGCUGGAGCCGCGCUUCAACACUACCAUAUUAACGCCACCUACCAGCUCAAAGGGGUGUACCCCCGCAAGUUAUUAUUGCACCUGGGAACAGACGAGGAGCACACCGUCUUUGAGGUGGAAGCCGUGGGAUUGGCGUUGGUGGCCGAGCUCAUUGCAACAGAGAUAGACAUCACUUACCCUGUAUCUGUCUUCGUGGACAAUCAGGCAGUUAUUCAAGCCGGUGAGAGCUUCUCCUCGAACCCAGGUUCAUACUUAAUUGACCGUUUCCGGGAACGUCUGAAUACCUUGUCGAGAACUGAUGCCAACACCAUGUCACCUUGA